AUGCCGGUUGGACCAUUCGAUGGACGAAAGAAGCGAUCGCGGUGCCUUGCAUGUGCUGCAAGCCAUCUCAGGUGUUCUGGAAGUGUUCCGUGCAGCAAUUGUGUGAGAAGGAGGGUUGAGUGUGCUUUUGACAAGCAGAAACCUAAGCAGAUCUGGAUCAAUCAGGACGAGUCGGGUAAAAAGACCGUGGCUCGGGUUCCAGCUGCUACCUGCAAAAAUCAGUCUCCCCGGCUGGAUAUUAACCCUACAGGGGAUCAGAUCUACUAUCUUUCUCACUACUUCGACACUUUCCUACGGCGGAACAGCUGCAAUCCGAAAACGGAAAUCUUCACUGAUGUGAUAGGUUUGAUGAAAGACCAAGGAUCGGGGACAUUUCUUCACGAUGCUGUUCUUUCGUUGGGAGCGAUGCAAGCUGUUAAGCUGAACGCAUCAGAAGGUGUUGAUCCAAGCAAAACUUACAACUUGGCUGUUCAUCACUACUCAAAGUCUGUUUUCGGCUUGAGAAACGCUCUUGAGAAGUUUGAUCAGGAACCUAGCGCCCGGCAUCGCAUCUUGUGGACUACACACCUGCUUGGUCUGUUCGAGCUCAUGACUGAUGCAACCGGCGAAGGAUGGAUACAACACUUGGUUCACGGCACUUCCAAAGCACUUGUCGCUGCAGGCCCAACAUCAUGCAAAUCAGGUCAUGGACAACGCUUUUUCACCGAAAUACGAAUCUUUGAAGUCUGCCGGGCUAUAAUUUUCAAUGAGCCAACGUUUCUUGCAAAACCAGACUGGAGAUGUCUCACACGCGAGAUUAGGACCAAAGAGCAAGGCGAUAGUGACUCUUUGGAUGAACUUUUGGAUAUCAUCGUCUCAUGCUCAACUCUUCGUGUUCGGGCGAUAAACCUGCUGUAUCACUCGGACGCAGAUUCUGUUGAUGUCACGACACAUCUUGACGAAGCUUUUGCUGUUGCUCAAGAAGGGUUUCGUCAAAGACAAUCUCUCGUCGACUGGGAAGCCAAAGACGGACCUUCAAAACAACAGUCUGCUGAGAAUGUGAGUGGGGGCUUCUCAUCCUUGACCAAGGCAUUCUUCUCUGCUACAAGUAUCUACCUCUCCGGAGUUUUCGACUAUGAAAUUCCAUAUUGGCAGGACAAAGGGAUUGUGGCGCCCAACUUGAGCGAAGAAGAGAUACAAAUGCAUGUCGUCAACAUAUUGACUCAUACAAAUAUUGUUCUGUAUAAUUCUUCCAUCUCUUCGUUACUGGUACUUUUUCCACUGCGAGUUGCGGGUGCACGGUCUUGGCAAGGUUGGCAGCAGGAUUGUAUCAUGCAGAAUCUGUUGGUGGUUGAGAGGACAUUUCCUGUUGCAGCAGCUUUUAGGGCUGACUUGCUGGGUGUAUGGGCACGGAUGAGUCCACCACCAUACUCAGAUUCUCCUCUAUCUACCUGA